AGUCUUCUCUGCCGUGAGCAAGCCGUCUGCAGCCCUGCGGGCAUCAACGCACACCUCACAUGACGAGCACUGCAACCAACCAGUCGACCCCGCCGCCGAUCGACUGCGUCAGCUGGCCACUCGCGCUACGCCACGGAAAUCUCCCAAGAAGCUCGAGCUUCCAGGCAUUUCGCGCCGCAGUGCGCGACCUGCACAACAUCGACGACUUCGAAAAGGAGCGCAUUGGCGGUGGCUUCUACGGCGAUGUUUAUAAGGUGGUGCACAAACGGUCGGGGCAGGUGACGGUGCUGAAGAUCAACAAAUCGGGUGAAAAUUGUGUGCGCAGUUUGCGGGAAAUACAGAUUCUCAAUAGGCUGGAGCAUCCGCAUAUUUUACGUUAUGUUGGUGCUUGCGUGUAUGAAGGUCGGCUGCAUCCAUUGACGGAGUACGUUAAUGGAGGGUGUUUGGAGGAUCUGUUGCGAGACAGCAGACAGGAAUUGUCUUGGAGAAUGAAGAUGAAAGUAGCAAGAGACAUAGCGUCAGGGAUGGCUUUCUUACACUCCAAGAAAAUCUACCAUCGAGAUUUGGCAAGCAAGAAUUGUUUAUUGAGGAAAGAUGCAUCAGGAUACACAGCUGUAGUUGCUGACUUUGGAUUGGCUGGUGAGGUUCCCGGUGAAUUCAGCAUGUUUCAACCUGUUGAUGGUCAAGCAAAUGACCAAACUGAUGGAGAAGUCAGCGAAUCAAGACUAGGUGAAAGAAAGAAGUCAUAUGUGAGAAAAAUCUGUGAAGUGGAUUUGGAGGAUGGCAAACAGGAAGUGCAAUUUGAGAUAGUAAAAUCACCGGCUCUUAUCAAAAAGGAUGGCAAGCGGCGCAGAUUUUCCAUGAGGAAAGCACAGUCUGUUGUUGGGUCGCCAUAUUGGAUGGCUCCAGAGUUAAUGAACUCUAAGCCAUACAACGAGCUGGUUGAUGUCUUCUCAUAUGGCAUUCUUAUGUGCGAGAUUAUUGCGCGAAUAGACGCCGACCCUGACUGUCUGUCGAGGACAUCCGAGUUUGGUCUUGACCAGGAAGCAUUUAUAAAGAUGUGUCAGACAGAAGGCUUGCAGUGUCCUUCUUCCUUCAUGCAAAUUGCAUUCGAUUGUUGCCAAGUUGAUCCCGCCCAUCGGCCGACUUUCCCGGAAGUUGUUCGGCGCCUUGAUGAUUUGCUUGCUUGGUAUCCUGCCUCUCCGAGGCUACAGCGCAGCCUGGCGGAUGGCAACAGCCCAGAUGGCGAACGUGAAAAAUCGAGUUAUGCAACGCAAAUAGAAAUUCGCCUUCGCCAAUCUAACGACGGCAUCACUUCUACAAAAGUCGUACGCCCGCGUUCAUACCAUGCGUACGAGCCUAAUCGCAAUAUGGAUUCCCGGAUGGAGACAGGAAGUGAAGAGAACGGGCAUCUUGAGGUUUCGCGCUCCUUUCGAACUCGCAGAACGUCGCUCAAAAAUGAAUUGAGACGCAACUCGUCGCCGUCGAGCGACAGCCAAAUUCGGCCCGAUUCUCUAGGUCGAAUGACCGCAAGCACAAAACUCUCGUCCAUGUCGCAGCUUUGAUCUCAAGAAAAGCGUCGACCGGUCGACUUUUUACGCAUAAAAGUAGGGAAAAGUUUUAUAUUUGUAAGACUUUAUUUAUAGUCGAUAGAGAGAUGUAGUGGUCGGUUGACUAUGAUAUACAUUGCCUAGGAUACAGAAGUGUGUGUGUGGAAUGAAUCUGUAGAUAUGUCAAGAGAAUGCAGUUAGUGUAUUGCAA